CCCUCGGGAGUGGGAGUGACGUCACAUUGUUUUUCCACAGUCCAGCGAAUUGCAUUUACCUAAAUUUCAUGUUUUUGAUACACACGUUCAUAUUUGUGUUUUUACUACCUUGGCAUCCCUAUCAUAAACAUGUUCCUCCGUCACACUUUGGAAAGAUAAUGACAGCGUAGAAUAGGAAGGAAGGACUGUACGCAACAGAAGAGGAGACUCAUCUUCCAAGAUGGCCAGUGAGCUCCACGAGACCAUCUUCAUGGCCAAGCAGGAGCGCCACAAGAAUCUCUUUCUCAACUACAGGAAUCUCAGCCAUUUCCCCGUGGAGCUGCUCAAAGACGAGGGCCUGCAGUUCCUGGAGAGGCUCUACAUGAAACGGAAUUCGCUCACCACGCUGCCUGACAAUCUUGCACAGAAGCUACCGAAUCUAAUAGAGCUGUAUUUGCACUCCAACAAUAUUGUGAUUAUUCCCGAAGCUAUUGGAAACUUGGCACGGCUGCAGUCACUGGACCUGAGCAGCAAUGCCCUGCAGCUUCUCUGCCCGGAGGUUGGAAGACUGAGGUCUCUGAGACAUCUCCGACUGUCCAACAACCAGCUUAAAAGCCUGCCACCCGAGAUCGGUGACCUUCAGUUCCUGGAGACUCUGGACGUGUCAAUCAACCAGCUGGUGUCGCUCCCCGACCGGCUGCACCGCUGCUCGUCCCUCCAGCACCUGAGCGCCGACCACAACCUGCUGAGCCACGUGCCGCGCCACCUCUGCCGGCUGGCUCGCCUCACCCAGCUCUCCAUUGCCGCCAACCGCCUCACCUUCCUGCCGCUAGAUCUGGGAGGAUCGCGUGAACUGCAGUUUGUGUUCGUGGACAACAAUUUGUACCUGAAAGGCCUACCGUCUUAUUUGUACAACAAGGUCAUCGGAUGCAGCGGGUGCGGCGUGUCGCCGCACGGCAGCGACACGGACCAGGAAGGCCAGGAUGAGGUGCUGAGCGAGGCUUUGUUCGGGCUGCCGGCCGAGGUCAAAGUGGUGGCCUCGGAGGCCGACAACGUGGUCACCCUGGAGGAGCUCGCCAUGAGAACGCUGCACCGCCUCUACUACCACCAACGCCGCCAUCCCACAGAUGUGACCUUCCCGCCACCCAUUCCGCUACCAAAGAGUCUCCUCGAUCUGCUGCAGUUCCCUCUGGGUCACUGUCACCGCUGCACUCAAGCCAUGUUCACCGUCAUCUACCCCAAACUCUUCCCGCUGCAACACACGGCCUUGGCAGGAGUACACCGCAGGACCACGGUCAGUUUUGUGGCGUACUGCUGCUCCAGUCGCUGCCUUCGGACGUUUAACCUACAGGGCUGAAAUCGUUGCCCCACGCUCUGGAGCCGCCAUGUCGACAAUAAUUCAACUCACACAAUGGACAUGGGGCCCGCAUGGUUCCUGAAAACCUUUUUUAACUCAAAGAUGUGAACUCAAGAAGCACUUUAAUUUUUUUUGUGGGGGGGCUUAUGGGAUGGUUCUCAGCACCGAAAUAUUUUUACAUCAGGCUUGAAGCUGUGUCCCCUCUGCCAGUAAACAUUGACUGAACUUUAACUGCGUUUCUUCUCCUUGCUUCAAGUCUGCCGUCCAUGAAAAACUGUUUUCCAUUGACGAGCAUUUCUGAGAGAUCUUUAAACUCAGUUUAAGGUCCGUGUAUGAUCUUUAUCCUCACUCUUAGACAAUUGAGUACACCAGUGGAAUGUAUCUUACUAGUAACGCUUUAAUAUCGACUGCUGCCUUCCACUACUGUUUGACAUUAUUUCACACUUGGAACAAGUACAUGCAAGGUUCAGGUUUGGCAUUAUCCAUCCUUGCAUUCAUUCUUUCGUUCGACUAGUGUGCUGAAUUGUCUUUCUGCUAAGGAGAGAGUGUACCAGUCGUACAAAGACCUUCAAUUGGUCAUCAAUGAUAUCGAAUAAACUCUCAAAUGGCUUUCCAUGUCUUUGUUGUUGUGUCUUAAUGGCCACUCAUUUUUGUUGUUCUUGGUAUUGUCUGUCUCCUACAAGGUGGCUGCACAGUAUUGUGUUUUUGAUCAGUCUUGGGUCUGGUCCAUUUCGUUACACUCUGUGACACAAUAAUGACAAUAAAUCUAUUCUGAUUAUGAUUCCAAAUCUGAAUUAACAGUG